ACUGACAGACGAUCAAUGUCUCAAAGGUCGCUGUGACGUUUCAGUGCUCUGCAGGACACUGACCUGACUUCAGCUCAAACUGAAGAACGCCGUCUGAAUUUUCUCGACCUGCUCAGGUAACAUCUCACUGCUUCCUCCUUCAGAAUGAGGGCUGCUGAUUGGCUGUUGGUUCUGGCGUCCCUUGCCCUCCUUGCCCUCGCCGUAGAUGCCGACAUCUGCGGCGCCAAACCGAGAGACCUCCCUCUGGAGCCACGCUGCAUCUACCGCAGCCCCGACCUCGAGUCCCCUGAGGACCCGACCGACCAGCCGGAGCAGGUCCCCGAGUCCACCAACCCCCGAGUGUGGGAGCUGUCCAAGGCCAUCGGUCGCUUCGCCCUGUCACUGUACAAACAGCUGUCCCUAAGCAGGACGCCGGACGCCAACAUCUUCAUGUCUCCAAUCAGCAUCUCCACAGCGUUCGCCAUGACCAAACUGGGCGCGUGCAACAGGACGCUGCAGCAGAUCAUGAAGGUGUUUGAGUUCGACACCAUCAAAGAGAAGACGUCCGAUCAGGUGCACUUCUUCUUCGCCAAACUCAACUGUCGUCUGUACAGGAAGAAGGGCGACGCCACCGAGCUCGUCUCCGCCAACCGCCUGUUCGGAGACAAAUCUCUGAUCUUCAACGAGACGUACCAGAACAUCAGCGAGAUGGUUUACGGAGCCAAGCUGCUGCCCCUCAACUUCAAGGAGAACCCGGAUAAGGCUCGGAAAACCAUCAACGACUGGAUCUCUAACAAGACGGAGAACCUGAUUCAGGACACACUGCCACAUGGGGCGCUGGACUCCAACACCAUCCUGGUCCUCGUCAACACCAUCUACUUCAAGGGUCAGUGGAAGAACAAGUUCAACAAAGACUUGGUGUACGCCUCAGACUUCCACGUCAGUGAGAGUCGCACCUGCUCGAUCAACCUGAUGUACCAGGAGAACAAGUUCAGGUACAAGUACUUCCCUGACGACCAGGUGCAGGUGCUGGAGAUGCCGUACCUCGGUGACGACAUCACCAUGGUGAUCGUCCUGCCAACCAGAGGCACCCCGCUCAGUCAAGUGGAGGAGGGCCUGGACCUGAAGAAACUCACAGGCUGGAUGGAUGGACUGAGUGAAGUCAUUGUCGCUGUCCACGUCCCUCGCUUCAGGGUGGAGGACAGCUUCAGUCUGAAGGAGAAGCUGGAGGCGAUGGGACUGACCGACCUGUUCAGCUCUGAGAAGGCCAGCCUGCCAGGGAUGUUGGAGGAAGGCGGUGAAGGUCUCCAUAUCUCAGACGCUUUCCAUAAAGCCUUCCUGGAGGUGAAAGAGGAGGGCAGCGAGGCGGCAGCGGCCACGGCUGUGGUGGCAAUCGGGCGCUCCCUGAACUUAAACCGGGAGAUGUUCAUGGCCGACCGUCCGUUCCUGCUGCUCAUCAGAGAGUCGACCAUCAACGCUCUGCUGUUCACGGCGCGUGUGGCCGACCCCUGCAGCGAAUAAAAACGCUCCGCUGCUCCUCACGCUUCAACACCGCAUACAUACUUCAAAAAUAAAAAUCUCUCUUUGUUACA